UUCACUUGGACUAGCUGAGAAGACUGUUAGUUGAAAGCGCAUAUAUAUGCUGCUAAUAAUAUUUCCCAGAUUGUAAUGAACUCACAAUCAUUCCAUUCUUCAUCUUUUGUGCACAAAGAGUUAGUUGCAUAAUGGAACUGCUCAUGGCGUCACACAUAUAUAUGAACAGAAGCACAGCACGAGUUUGUAAGAGCUAGGGAUAAAUUUCCUUCUACUAAUAUUCCUAUUGCGAAAUUGCACGCCCCUGGAAACUCACAUCAUAUCUGGGAAGGGAACUUUUGCUUAGCGAUGGGGUUCCUAAAUCUUUUGACUACGGCAUUAGUGCCAGUUCUCGAGGUCCUUUUGAUUACUGCUAUUGGCUUGCUGCUUGCAACUGAUCGCAUUGAUCUCUUGGGACCAAAUGCGAGGAGCAGUUUAAAUAAUAUUGUUUUCUAUGUGUUCAGUCCCGCACUGAUCAUUGCCAACCUCUCUGACACUAUUACUUUGAAAAGUUUGGCUACACUGUGGUUCAUGCCAGUGAAUAUUUUGCUCACUUUCUUAAUUGGGUCUGCACUUGCUUGGAUUCUUAUUAAAAUCACUCGCACUCCUCCACAUCUUGAAGGCCUUGUUAUUGGUUGCUGUUCUGCUGGGAACUUGGGAAACUUGCUUCUGAUAAUUGUUCCAGCAGUGUGUGAAGAGUCAAACAGCCCAUUUGGAGAUUCAUCUACCUGCUCCACUUAUGGGGAGUCUUAUGCUUCACUUUCUAUGGCAGUUGGAGCAAUUUAUAUAUGGACAUACGUGUAUGUCAUCAUGGGUAUAUAUGCAAAUAAGAAUGUUAAAGAUUCUACAAGCAUACAAUCUUCUGGAGAAACCUCGGAAACAUUCUCAGAGACUUGCACAGAGGUACUACUACCUUCAGAGAAUGGCUCUGCCUCUGAGGAGUCUGCAAACCAAGAUGGACUGCCUAGCACUAUAUUUGGGGUCCCAUUUCUGGAUACUACUAUCCACCAAAUUAAGAAUGUUGCAGCAAAGAUAAACCUGAAAAUGGUGCUCGCACCGAAUACUAUUGCAGCGGCUGUUGGAUUUAUCAUUGGGACAGUGUCUCCCAUCAGAAAGUCAAUAGUUGGUGAUAGUGCUCCUCUUCGCGUGAUUUACAGUUCUGCAUCUUUGCUGGGGGAUGCAUCAAUUCCAUCUAUGACCCUGAUAAUCGGAGCAAAUCUCCUUGGAGGUUUAAAAAGAUCAGGAAUAAGUAUUUCAGUGAUUAUAGGGAUUAUAGCAGUACGGUUUAUAAUCUUGCCUCUCUUGGGCGUUGCUGUAGUUAAAGCUGCUCAUCAUUUUGGGCUGGUGGGAUCGGAUUUAUUAUAUCAAUUUGUUCUUCUGAUUCAGUUUACUCUUCCACCUGCAAUGAAUGUACAAUGACCCAGUUAUUUCAGAGUAGUAAGAGUGAAUGCUCUGUGAUUAUGUUAUGGACAUAUGCUGUGGCUGCUUUAGCUAUUACGCUUUGGACAACCUUCUACAUGUGGCUUCUGAGUUAAAUUGUUUUGGUAGACUACCUACUAUAAAACAAUUAUCCUGUACAUGUGGCAGAAAAAUGAAUGAAAACAACAAUACCAGACAUUGUAUUUCUGUGUAGUAACAUUCUAAAAAUGGAAUGCAUUGAAAGAGGCUGUUAGAAAAUGAUGUACACUUGGCAGAUGAGGAAUUAGGGUAGGAGAUAACCUUUAGUGGCUCAUCAUUGUUGUUUGCCAAGCUAAUAAAGUUGUACUUUGCACUUCA